AGAAAGCCCUGGACGUCCGUGAGGACCGCCGUUACCUGUAUCAGGCGCAGAUCGCGGCGCACCGCAAGGCGGUGAACGGCGACGGCCCGGACUCGCCGUCUGCCACCCGUCUGAGCAACGAACUGGUCGCCGCCAAGGACGAUUUCGAGCGUGUCCACGCGCGUGUGAUGCGUGAGGUGACACGCUUCCGCGGCCAGAAGGCUGUGGAGCUCAAGAAGCUGUUCCUGGAGUUCGCUCAGCUGCAACUGCGCAACUCCAAGGAGCUCGAGAAGAUCGUGACGCAGAGCACCGAGGAGCUAGAGACGCCUCUGCCGGCCAAACUUCUGUACGCUGCUCAGACUCCCGCAUCCUGCUCAAACAUGUUCGAGUCGCGCGACUCGUUCAGCCUGGACAAGAACGACGUGAUUGGCAACACCAAGUCCACGGCGUCCACCCAGUCCCCCACUGGCAGCAGCAGUGUUGAUGCAGUGUCGAAGGCUGACCCUACGGCAGCUCCGGAGAGCUACUCGGAUGUCCAUAUUUAAGUGAGAUCCGAGUCCACUCAGAAGAGCGUGCAGGCAGAACCAAGGACGCGUGCUGCUGUGCCGUGCUUUUUUGUAUAUUGUGCACUUAUUCGUGUCGUUGUUUUUUCAGCAUUUAGUUGCACCUCAGAGACUUCAGUGACGAGGCUGGCGCAUUGUAAAGAUCGCCGUGAAAUUCCUCGUCGCUCUAGCGCUGUACAUAAUUGAAAUAUCACUACUUACCCAAUUUGAUCCACC